UUGACGGCAUACAUACUCCUCACCGAGUUGAGCCGAAGCAAAUUCCUAGUGAAAUUCGUCACUAUCCUGAAUCCAGAUUCCAAUUUUGCGAAUUCGGCUACUCAUAUUCUAUUUUUAGAUAUUAAUCGGCAACUCGUGUAUGUAUGCGCAUUUGAAUGAGGGGGAGAUGAUGAGCUAAGGGAAUACGGCGGAGAUACUUUUCCAGUAAUUGAAAUGGAUUGAUAAUCUGAUAUCUACACACACGCUGUAAGACUGGAUUGUGUUUGAUAUCACUACUGCUGCUGUUCUUCGUUUCCAGCAAAUAUGAUUGUGUUUGAUUGGACAUGCUACGGCCGAAGACUGGAUUUUUGGGGCAUUUGCAGCUUAUGCUGGACACGAUGAUUGACUCUCUCAAGCUGGCAUUCGAGGAGUCAGAACACUUGACCAAGGAUAGGAAGAUGGAUCUGGUGAGGGUCACAGGGCUGGAUAUGGAGCAGGUAACCAGCUGGUUUAACAGGAAAAGGGUGCGCAAACGAGCAAACCUGUCAAUCUUGAAGCUGGAAAGGAUCAAUGCUGAGCUCAAGCAGUUGCUCCAGCAGCGCCAUGAGCGAGAAACCAGGCUCGUGAAGGAGCUCGAGGAGAGGAAAAUGAGGGAAGCCCAGCUUCAAGAUGAAAAUCUGCGCCUCAAAUGCAGGAUUGCUGCAAUAAUUCCACAGUUUGAUCCCACGGUGGAUUUUGCUCACGCCUAUCCAUAGCUGAGGGCGGAUUUUUUCGCCUUCAAAGAGCUCUUUUAUUUCAUUUAUAGAACUAAUACUGCAUUUAGUUAAUGUAUUGUCUUUCUUAUCUUA